AUGUCAGAUGUAGCCAUUCCAAGUGGCCUGUACGCAGAAGAGGAAGUGUCUUCAGAGGUCACCCCUUUGUGCUUUGCCAUGCAGGCUAUAAAGGCUCUCCUCCUCAGAACAUGGUGCUGGCAGGAAUUCAACAUCAUGGAAAAGAAUAAAGGAUGGGCUCUCCUGGGAGGAGAAGAUUGCCAUCUUCAGGGAGUAUUUCUCCUUGCCAAAUUUGCUGGCUUCAGGAGACUGUAUAGCCUUAUUCGAUGGUACACGCAUAGAGAAGGUGAUGUGCUCCCUUUGGCCACACAGAGAGAAGACAUCAAGAGCCUGUUGCCAUACAUCUUAGGCAGCUUGCGUGAAACCGAUGAGAAGAUUGUUCAGUCAGCCAUCCAGAUACUCCUGAAACUUGUUAAAACAAUGGAUUUCACUACCCUGGUUGCCAUGAUGAGGACUCUGUUCUCCUUAUUUGGUGACGUGAGACCUGACAUUCAUCGUUUCUCCAUGAUUCUCUUUGGAGCUGCCAUAAAGUCUGUGAAAAACCCAGAUAAGAAGAGUGUAGAGAACCAAGUCCUGGACAGCUUGGUCCCACUACUUCUGUAUUCUCAGGAUGAAAACGAUGCCAUAGCUGAGGAGAGCAGGCGAGUCCUAACUAUAUGUGCCAAGUUCCUGAAGUGGAAGCUGCCCAAAGAAGUGUACUCCAAAGAGCCCUGGCACGUCAGACCUACUGAAACAGGAACAAUCUGCAGAUUCUUUAAGGCUGAUUCUGCCAGCUGCUUAGAUGUCUUAAUGAUAAAAAAUAUUAGAUACUAUUUCCAAGAGCAAAAGCCAGAUCACAGACUCACUGACUUUAUCCUGCAUUUAGGGCUCUUAUCGAAGUACAUGGAUCACAGUGAGCUCAGGAUGAUGGAUACUGACUGGAUAGAGAAUGAUCUAAGAGGCCCGCUGUGUGACCCUGAGCCCUCGCUGUGCAUCAUCGCCCACCAAACUCUGUUUCUAGUCCAGAUGGUGAGGGCCAAACCAAAACCUGAGCAGAGAGUGAGCUGGUUGCAGAAGCUCAUGGGCAGACCCCCUACCUAGAAGCACAAGGCAAGUAACGUCAGAGACAAGAUCUUGCAAUCAACAUGUGCAGGCAGGCUAGUCUUGAACUCAUGGUCGCAAGUGAUCCUCCUGUGUCAGCCUCCCAAAGUGCUGGAAUUACAAGCAUGUACCAUCGUGCCUAGUAGAAUUCCAGUCUUGAGAAAUAGGUUGAGGACAGUUUCAAGAGAGAUUCUAAAUAAAUAAUGUUGCAAUGUUA